UUUCUUUCAAUGGUAUAUAUAGAGUUCCGUAUAUUAUGCAAUACGCAGAAUAAAAGAAAACAAGUAGCAGUGAGUGAGGGAGGGAGGCGGGGUCGUGGUUGGCUCGCCUGGCUGGGUUUAUGUGGUCGCCUGGUUGAUUGUAAACAUUGAGGUGCGUCUUCCCUCAUCUCACUCCAGCAUGAUAAUUUAUUACCUCACUCAUAUUACACCGUGCGCCCGUUCACGCUGAAGUGUACAAUAAAGUUACUGAUUCAAGUUAUUCGCCAUUUCAAGGAGAAAAGCACAAAGACGAGUUUAGAGAGAGGGUUAUAUUAACUUGGAACUACUGAGCUAGGAUGAGCUCCACCAAAGAAAAUAAUUGAAAAUAGUGAAACACAUUGACAUACCGAAGAUUACAUUAUUAGGAAAGAUUACGAAAUACAAGGAAAGUUGGCUCUGUGGAAAUCUAAAUUCUUAAGCGUGAUGGCAUGCGGAGGUUGGGAAGGAAGUGUGGAUGCAAAUCAGCUUGAGGCAAGACUUCGAGCAGGAUUAGAAGCAGAUCGUCGAUAUACAGCAGAAAAUGCAGCCAAGUUACGUGCCAUUCACUCAGCACCAACUUAUGAUGAAUUUAGGCAGCUUGUUCUUGGGGCUCAUCUAAAGCCACUUGAUCGAAAUGAUAAAAGCAAAGUUCGUCCGUCCAUCUGGAAUUCCCUGGCUUCUUCAGCAACUAAGAAGUCGAGUAAGCCACCUCCACAGGACACUGAAAAUUCUGUAUAUCCAACUGAUGUACAAUAUGAUGUUAACAAUCCACCAAGCACUACUGAAGGUCUUGUGCAGUUGUGGGAGCGAUUGGAUUUGGCUGAACGACUUGAGCUGUUACGCAAUUUGUCACCACAAGCAACAGAGAGAUUAGCAGGGGGUCUGGUGGCUGGUGGCCUUUUAGGGGAUGCCAUCACCACACUCUUGGCUUUUACACCAACUGUUAGUGAUGUGGUCAUGGUAGUCAAUAUGUUGCAGGCACUGACACUUGCAAAAAGAUUUACCCUGAGUGUGACAUUAGUGUGUGGAGAGGAGCGAUGGGCAUGGGGUCGACUCCUGGAGAAGCUACAGCUUGCUUUAUCAGAACGACCACAGGACCUUGCCGAGUUGAAUGUUACCGAAUGGACUCUGGCACAGCUUAAGCUCAAAUUUAAUCUUUAGGAUAUUUAAAAUAACACACACACACACACACACAUACUGUAUAUACAGUAUUAAGAAAAAUUACCUUGCUUUGGUUUCGUAAAUAUACCCAAAGAAGCUGACUUUUCUCUUGUUUUAUUAUUAUUCAAACAGUACCGUAAGUACUUAUUUCCAUUAUAAUAAUGGAGACUACAAUUAUACACAAUAUUAAUUUUAUAAAACAUCUUUUUUUUA